AUGCUGCUCAGCUCUGUUCAGAGCAUUUUGAACGUCAACUCCAGGCCGCAGAUGGUGCAGUGGGUGGAAACUAUCGAGAGAUUGAAGAGCUAUGGGGACGUUUCAAUAAGCGGACAGCAGAUGCUGGAGCUUUGCCGCUCCAAGGGCGUCUCUCGAUGCGCGAUUAGCUGCCGACGCAAAGACCAAAAACAGGCGAAUUCCGCCAGUAAUGAAGAGGAAAUAUCAGAAACCAGUCCUGGGCUACCUGCCAUAAAAACUGCACUAUAUCAUCUUCUCGAGCUAUCAGAGGAAAUCCGCCGCUCAACACGCCAUAAUGACCACAAUGAGUUGUUUUACAUCGCACUAGUUCAGAGGAGAUUUCCCUUUGCGCGGGAAGGCCUUUGUAGACAGCUUGGAGCCUCCAUUCAUGAACGAGGAAUAUCGCUACAGUACCUGCAAGAGUAUAACAAAGAGCUUGCCUAUCGGCACAAUGGCAAAGAUAACUUGAAGACAAUAGAGGAGAUGCCCGAAGAACAGAUAAACGCUGCAGCGGUAUCGUCUAUCAAUAAGGAUAUGGCGCCCAAGGAAGAGAUGGUCGCACAGGAACCUGAAACACGCCAUCCUACAGUCGCAUCCUCUGCGAUGGGUCGUAUCAAACGAGAUACGACAUAUCCUCCAAGCACAAUUACCACCAGAGGCUCGAUUAUUCGAGAUAUCCAGCAGGUCAAAUACGACUUCCCCCAUAAGCCGAGGCAAGAAAACGUGGAAACGCACCAGUCUUGCACAAUCUGUGCCAUGCCUCUAAACCUGCCAACUUUAACAGACAGAACUUGGGAAGCUCAUGUUGACCAAGACCUGGAACCUUAUAUGGAUCAUAUGAAGAUACAACACUCAAUCGACUGGUCAAAACAGGUUCACACGGACAGGUGGGAUAAGCUCUCGCAGUCACGGAUUAUGGGACGAGGGAAGUCGAGCAACUGCGGAGAUUUGGUCAAGGAAUCCACGCUGGACUGGACCAGCCUUGAGGCUGCAUUUGACUUUAGAGUUGCCAUACCAAACGAUAAGCUGCCAGAGUCACACCAUGAUCCGAGCUACAGUCUCUCCGAGAAGGCGCUGGAAUGGGAAUUUUGGCACCCUCUUUCACUGAACCGCAAGCAAAUAGGCCCAUCUUAG